CGACGGACUCGAGUCUUGGUCCGCCGAUCAGUUGUGUCUUGUGCGUUGUGCGGUGAAGUUGCGCCUUCGUUCUAAAACCCAGCAAAGAUACUCGGACUGUGCGGUGCAUCCUCCUCCAGGUUCAGAUCCAAAAUCAGAUUGAGAGCUCCGUUUCCAGAGUCAGCCGCAUUCAGUGAUUUGCCUUUGCCUUCUGACCCACAAAUCCCGAUCCGAAAAUGAGAGAAAUCGUCCAUCUGCAGGCCGGCCAGUGCGGCAACCAAAUUGGCGCUAAGUUCUGGGAGAUCAUCUCCGAGGAGCACGGCAUCGACAGCAAUGGCAUCUACGUGGGCGACAGCGACCUGCAGCUGGAGCGAGUCAGUGUCUACUACAACGAGGCAUCUGCAGUCACGCGAUCCUCGGGUGGCAAGUACGUGCCGAGGGCCAUCCUGCUCGACCUGGAGCCCGGCACCAUGGAGUCGGUGCGGUCGGGGCCCUACGGCCAGCUCUUCCGGCCGGACAACUUCGUCUUCGGCCAGUCGGGAGCGGGCAACAACUGGGCCAAGGGCCACUACACCGAGGGCGCCGAGCUGGUGGACAAUGUCCUCGACGUGGUGCGCAAGGAGUGCGAGAACUGCGACUGCCUGCAGGGCUUCCAACUGACGCACUCGCUGGGCGGCGGAACCGGAUCCGGCAUGGGCACCCUGCUGAUCUCGAAGAUCCGCGAGGAGUACCCGGACCGCAUAAUGAACACCUACUCGGUGGUGCCCUCGCCCAAGGUGUCCGACACGGUGGUGGAGCCCUACAACGCCACGCUCUCGAUCCACCAGCUGGUGGAGAAUACGGACGAGACGUACUGCAUCGACAACGAGGCCCUCUACGACAUCUGCUUCCGCACCCUGAAGGUCUCGAACCCGAGCUACGGCGACCUCAACCACUUGGUCUCGCUGACCAUGUCCGGGGUGACCACCUGCCUGCGCUUCCCCGGCCAGCUGAACGCCGAUCUGCGCAAGCUGGCUGUGAACAUGGUUCCAUUCCCGCGCCUGCACUUCUUCAUGCCCGGCUUCGCCCCGCUCACCUCGCGCGGAUCGCAGCAGUACCGGGCCCUGACCGUGCCGGAGCUGACCCAGCAGAUGUUCGACGCGAAGAACAUGAUGGCCGCCUGCGAUCCGCGCCACGGCCGCUACCUGACCGUCGCCGCCGUCUUCCGGGGCCGCAUGUCCAUGAAGGAGGUGGACGAGCAGAUGCUGGCGGUGCAGAACAAGAACAGCUCGUACUUCGUCGAGUGGAUCCCGAACAACGUGAAGACCGCCGUGUGCGACAUCCCGCCGAAGGGGCUGAAGAUGUCCUCGACGUUCAUCGGCAACACCACGGCCAUCCAGGAGCUGUUCAAGCGCAUCUCCGAGCAGUUCUCGGCCAUGUUCCGGCGCAAGGCCUUCCUGCACUGGUACACCGGCGAGGGCAUGGACGAGAUGGAGUUCACCGAGGCGGAGAGCAACAUGAACGACCUGGUCUCCGAGUACCAGCAGUACCAGGAGGCCACCGCCGACGACGAGUUCGAUCCGGACGUCAAUCAUGAGGAGGUCGAGGGCGAUUGUAUUUAAUGGUGUGGCCAGAGGAAUGAGGGGCGUGCGUGACGGGGGCGAGGUGCUGUUUCUGCGCGGCAUGCGCCACCAGCUGGCGGCCAAGCACUGCAGCAUCCUCUGACCCCACUGGGACACACACACACACACACACCACUACUGCAGCACACACACACACACGGACAGGACGCAACAGGACUCCCAGACAGACAAACAAUCAAACAGACAGACAGAUAGACAGACAGACAGGAAGGUCAAGCGCAGUUAGAACAUCAAACGGAAAUGUUCCAAGAGCUCAAGCUUCCCCUGUUCCCUGCCCAUCGCCACCCAUCCAUCAUCAUCUCAGCUCAUCUCAUCUCAUCUCACGACUCAUCGCACAUCCUCAUCUUUUUGUCCAUUUUCGGCACUUGUCACCUCCUCUACGCUAUUUACACUUUACACGGAGGCACGUCCAUCGCAUUUCUCGCAGCCAUUCUCUUCAUUCACUUCACCACCUUCCACUCCCUCACCCUUCUCUCUAAUCUUAACCCCGCUUAAUCUGACAUCAUUUGAUACAACUAUUUAUAUCGCAACGUCGGCAAGAGGGAACCACAGUAUCUAGUAUUCCGAGGGAAUCGAAUUUAUGCAGAAAUCUCGAUAAACGUCCAAUGUCCAGGAGUUGGCACUCAAGCACCCAAGACUGACGAACAGACGACAGUUUGGCAAUACCAUGCGUUUAGAGCUAUAUACGAUACGAUACGAGCUUAUCCAAAGAUAAUCGAUUGACCACUCUCAAAAGAGAUCCUCCAGCAAAGGCAAUUCUAAAAGCAUCCGCAAUUGUAUUUACAUAAUCUUAGGGCACAAUCUAUUAAUUUUGUAUUCGUGUGCAGUACUUUCUCUUGUAGUCUUAUAUGAAUAAAACAUUUGUACCCAAAUAAACGACUAAUAAUGGCAAACAUUUUGACAAAUAACAAAUGGAAUUUAUUUAAAAUUAAAAA